AUUCAUAGUAUAAGCCGAGCCACUGCUGUUGCUGCAGGCUUCCAAUCCACACGUUUCAGAGUCUGUUGCGGUGCGCAGUCGCGAAUAAAUGUGGCAUCGUUCCACAGCCUCACUUUUACUCGUCGGUCAACCGUUGAAAGCGCUAGAAGCGUAUGCGUCGUGUCGCGUAUCUUUUCAGUUAGGGAGUUGGAUUUUAGUUAUCAUUGAUUCCGACCCACCUCCUAUGUUCGCGCGAGGGGGUGCACAGGUACGGUGUGUUUCGUGCUUUGUAACUUUUCGUGACUGUCGCGUCGUUGCGAUCCGCGAUCACCGCUACUGGCGACAACCAACAAGGAUUGCGGACGGGGUCAGUCAGUGGCGCGCAACAGUUUAACACAGGUGGUUCAGAAUCUCGCUCGAACAUCGACAGAAACAGAAACGGAAGUGAUUUGUGCGGUACGUUCUAUCAACUGUGAAACAAACAUGUCGAACAUUAGUGCAUUUUACCGCGACAGGAUCGUGUUCAUUACCGGUGGGACGGGAUUCAUCGGGAAAAUAGUGGUGGAAAAGUUAUUACGAACAAGUGAAGUGAAGGAGGUCAUACUGAUGGUUCGUGAGAAAAAGAAUACACUUCCGGAGCAGAGAAUCAAGGAUUUGUGUUCGUCCCCUGUGUUCGACAGACUAACGAAAAAAUCUCCGAGCUACAAAGACCGCAUCAAAGUUGUCGAAGGAAGCUUGGAGAAGCGUGGUCUGGGACUAUCCCCGGAGAGUUUACAGUACCUGCAGGAUAAUGUAAACGUCAUUCUUCACAUCGCUGCCACCGUCAAAUUCGACGAAGAAAUCAUCAAAGCCGUCAGUUUAAAUCUAGGUGGGACGCGAGAGGCACUGGAGAUCGGAAAAAGUUGUAAAAAACUAGAAAGUUUCAUCUACGUAUCAACGGCCUACUCGAACAGCUACUCAGAGCACAUCGAGGAACGUGUGUACCCACUGGAUAUACACCCGGUGAAAAUCCUUGAAAAUAUUGAUGAUGAUAAGAUGAAGGAAGACUUGUACAAGUACUCGCUAAAGUGGCCCAACACCUACACGUUCACGAAAGCUCUCGCUGAAGGUAUCACUCAAUACUACUGUCAGUAUUUCCCUGUUGCAGUGGUUCGACCCUCCUGCGUAAUGCCCGCGCUAGAUGAACCAAUGCCUGGUUGGUGCGACAGUAUAUACGGAACGAAUGGAACAUUUAUCGGGUGGUACUACGGCUUGAUUCGUACUAGCCAAAUCGACCCACAAGUACAAAUUGAUACCGUUCCGGUGGAUUACGUUAGUAACACAAUUAUAGCCGCCGGAUGGAAAACAUAUGCUUCCAGGGAACGGGACAACGAAGUAAUUGUUUACAACUGUACCAGUUCAACGGAUAACCCGCUGACAUUUGAUGAACGACGUAUCGAGUGUGAGAAGGUCAUCAAGAAGCAUCCCCUGAUGACAGGGCUCUACCGACCGAUUACGUUGUGUACCACCAGCGAAACUAUGUUCCGGAUCUACUCGUUGUUCCUGCACUACUUGCCAGCCUUUGUGGUGGACACGGCGCUAAGGCUGCGGGGCGAAAAGCCGCGGCUGGUUAGCACCUACCAAAAGCUCGACAAAGUGAUUGAAACGGUUAAGAAAUUCACCAAUACCACGUUCUUCUUCGAUAAUCAGAAUAUGCGGGAGAUGUAUGUACAAAUGAAUUCAGCCGACCAUCGACAGUACCCGUGCGACAACCGUACCUACAGCUGGCGGCUAUACUUUGAGCGCAUUAUCCCAGGUCUAAAGAAAAACUUCUUCAAAGAGGACCUCAACAACGUCCGAGCAGCCCGAUUGGUUCAUCGGAGGAAAGAACUUGCCGUCAAUGGCGUACUGGCGAUUAUAGUCGGCCUGAUAUUACUCCAACUUUACUAUCUGUUGUUCUGAAAUUAAUUUACUAUACAGGCAUGUAAAUAGGAUGCGUCCCUAUGGUCAGACAAAGUAAUCAGAUCUGAUUGAACAAAGAUUAUAAAUGGAUACAGAGCUAGUGAUCAGUGAAAAUAAUUGGACAAAGCGUGUAGAUAUGGCAAUCGAGGAAUUACUCAACAUGCUUGCGGUUGGUACAGCGGGGGCACCGGAGUGCGUGAUUAAUGCCAGCCACCAGUGGAUAAAGAAAGUCAACAGGCAUGACAACACGAGGGUUUUAAUGGUACAUAUUUUAGAAACUUCGCCGUCACAAACAGAGCAGAGAUGCAAUGAUGUAACAACAAUGUCGGACGUUCCCACACAAACAGCUGAUUUUCGACGCAUCGUCUCUAUAUAGGUUUAGUUCUCUGUUUAGCCGCUUUUAUGUAUAUUUAUUGAAUCAAAUUUGUGUGUUGUUUUAUAAUUUAAUAACAGUUCGCGGUCGAUGAAGUUGUCCAAUAGUCCUGCUAAAAAUAAUUCGUUUUACUAAGUAUCUUCAUGCGUAGAAUAAAUUAGUGAUGAU